GCUCAGGUGGCCCGCCGGGUGCGCCGGGCCCGCUGCCUGGGAGAGGUGCCCCCGGUCUUCCCCAACGGCUGGUUCCGUCUCCUGGGCUCGGAGCAGCUGGCCCGCGGAGAGGUGCGCAACGUGGCUGCCCUGGGGGAGCAGUUCGCCGUCUUUCGGGACGCCGACGGAAAAGCCCACGUGGUGGACGCCUACUGCCCUCAUCUGGGGGCCAACCUGGCCGUGGGGGGCCGCGUGGUGGGCAGCUGCAUAGAAUGCCCCUUCCACGGCUGGCAGUUCCACGGGGAGGACGGCCGGUGCACCCGGGUGCCCUACGCUGAAAAAGUGCCCGCCUUUGCCAAGGUCAAAGUCUGGCCCUCUCGGGAGGUGAGCGGCAUGAUCCUUGUCUGGUACCACUGUGACGGCCUCGCCCCGACGUGGGAGGUCCCCGAGCAAGAGGAGCUGCUGUCCCGCGAGUGGGUCUUCCGUGGCUGCACGGAGCACUUCAUCAACGCGCACAUAGAGGAAAUCCCAGAGAACGCAGCCGACACGGCCCAUCUUACGAUCCUCCACGGCCCCUCCGUCCUGGAUGGAGCAGACCUUCGACACACCAGUUCCCGUUGCUGGACGUUCACUAAGCACCACUGGCAGGCGGAAUGGCAACCUGAAUCUGAACCCAGCGCUCACUGUUCCCGCAUGGUCCUGAACCACCGUUUCACGCUGUUUGGCUGGCCCCUCUCCUUGAUGGACCUGGCCGUCGUGGCCAGGCAGGUGGGACCUGGUCUGGUGUUCAUGACUUUCCAGCAUCACUUUCUGGGCCGGGGGAUGAUCAUCCAGAUGGUGACGCCCGUGGAGCCCCUCCUGCAGCACGUGGUCCACCGGCUGUACUAUCAGCGCAACAUCCCUGCUUUCAUCCCCAAGUUCAUGUUGUGGGCAGAAUGCACCCAGUUCGAGCGGGACGUCAUGAUCUGGAAUAACAAGAAAUACAGCUCCAGGCCAUUGCUGGUGAAAGAGGACGCGGCCAUCCAGAGGCACCGCCGGUGGUACGCCCAGUUCUACAGCGAGAACAGCGUGAGAUUUUCAAGCCGAAGCCAGAACUUGGACUGGUGACCGGACCCCCCCACCUCGGCCCCUGCCGGCUCAAAGUCAAGAAGGGGCUCCCGGGAGCUCUUCGGUGCCCGGGGGGGUGCUGUUUGCGUGUGCACGAUUUCAGCGCCCCUGCUCUGUCGCUGGCCGGCCUCGCUCGGAGAUGGGAGAGGCCCCCGGGACCUCGCGAGGGCGAUGGGCUCCCCAACCCCUGCAAUUCCAGGGGUCUCCGCUGCGGGUGGUGGAAGGGGCUCCAUGGGUGGUAUGUGUGUGUGGGAGGGCUGGUGCUUCUUGGGGGGGGGAACCCCCCAGUUCUGUGCCUUGCCACUUGCGUUC